AAGUUGGGCUAUCCAAUUUACAUAGUCAACAUUGACGAAGGAAGUCGGUCAGACUUUAUGUUACAAAAUUCAAAAAGACAUGUAUUUUCUAUUGUGACCGAAUAUGUUGAAGUCAGACAGAGUUUUUUGUUUGCUUUUGUUGAACUUAUUGAUACGAUUUUCCUGUGGGGACCAGAUUGCACUGAAUGAGAAAGGCAAUGAGGGUGAGGCUGGAAACCCCACGGUGGGGGACACAUCACUGGACGAGGCCCAUUCACAGCAGCCCAGGGUAACAGUAGAUGAUAAGUCAGGCGAACAGAAAAGAGAAGAAAAUGAUCAGAAAGAAUCAGCAAGCCCUGAACAGAGUGAUGCUCAGAAAGAAGUGUCCUUGACCCCUGACAAUGAGCCCAAAAUAGAGAAACAGACUCAAGAAGAAGCUCAAACAGAAACUAAUGAAGGUUCAGAAAUCUCAAUAAAAACUCAAUCCUCUGAUUACACUAAUUCUGGACAGAGUGGCAAAGGUUCGCAAGUAUUGAGGAAGGUUGAUUCAUCACAGGAGGAGCAGAGCAAGGACACUGCUCACAUCGACUCAGAGAACAAAGAUGAGAGAGGGCCAGAGGUUAAAGCAGAGACAUUUAUGGCAGAGGGUGAGGGGAGGUUGGAGCCAGGGACAGAGGCAGAGCAGAGUCGUCCUGUGCAACCUGAUGGAUCCUCAUCCCACACCGAGGUGUUAACUACGACCCCUGAACCUGAGGUCAAUGAGGAAGGAAAAGGCAUUGAAACUUUUUCGGAGUGGCGCCAAAAGGCUUUAGCAGAAGAAGAGAAAAACAAACAGAAAGCUGAAGUUUUGGAACAAGGAGUUACCACCCCAAAGAAACAAAAUGGAAAAAAGGUCAAUUAUGCCUCUAAAGAAUGUGGGGCAAAGAUUCUGGCCAGUAACCCUGAGGCUGAAAAUGUGAAUAGAAUUCUUACCAGCAAUAGAGACGAUUAUAUGAUUAACCCGUGUACAGCCAGCAAAAAAUGGUUUGUGAUUGAGUUGUGUGAACCGAUUUAUGUCAAUGAGAUUGAAGCCGGAAGCUAUGAGCUUUUUUCCUCCCAACCACACAACUUCAGUGUUAAUGUCAGUGAUAGGUACCCGGCAAAAGAGUACCACUCCCUGGGGGUGUUUGAGUUGACGGAGAGCCGGGGGCUGGACAAGUUCCCAAUCAAGAGGGAGCACAAUUACUUUGUGAAGUACAUGAAGGUGGAGCUGUUGACUCACUACGGAGAAGAGCACUACUGCCCGCUCACCAUGUUCAGAGUGUAUGGUAUACCAGUGGAGUUGGAUGGAGAGGAUGAUGAUCUGGAGGGGGAACAGAGCGGGGAUAACAUGGAAGCCUCUGAAAAUACAGAAGGGACAGAUUUCAAUCAACCAAAAAAUUUGUUUUCCAGUGCUAAAGAUACUGUCAUGAAGCUAGUGAAAAAAGUAUUGAAUGUGGAAGAAAAAGAAGAAAAACUACAGCUUAACACUUCCUUGCCUUUGAAUGCGACUUCAAACAAUGUCACAGACACAAAGGAGACAGAUUCUUCAGAGAAGAUGAAACCAUGCGAACCUACUGCAGUUGUUCCAAAAGAGAAGUGUGAUGAUAGGCCAGUAAAGACGGACCCCUCCCAACCAGAGCCCCCGAUGCCAACUUCCUGUCCAGCUCAUCAAAAAAAGCCAUGCGGUAUUCCAGGCACUGCUACUGAUGAAAUGAAGCCGGAUCUCUUGGACCCUGCAGUAUCCAUAGUAACAAAGCUGGAGGACCAUGAACAAAUACCAAGUGAACCAGUGAAGCCUCCACUGGUGUCCUUGAUCCAGAGUGGGGAUCACACCAAGCCUACCACUCUGUACAGAAUGUUUCUGUCUUGCAUUUUGCCAUCUAGAUUUAAGAUCCGGAAGCAUCCAAACUCGACCCUGUCCAUGUGUGGCUACAUAAUGGCUGUAAGACCUCAGUGGUUCUGUGUGCCAGGAGAGUUCACCUUGCACUCCACUUGUGUGUCAAGGUCAAUAUCUCAUGAACCCUCUAUAGUGGCUCCAUCAGAUCAAGUGGAUGAAAAUCCCGAGGAGGAUAUUAAAGUAUCUAUCACACCUACCUCUGAUGUAGUGAAAACUUCAGCAGAGGAUGAGGGGGAAAGUCAGUCACCUUGUUUCGUUCCCACGCCAGCUUCUACAGUAGACAGUCAAAUGCCGACUGUGACACAGAUACCCCCUGCAGAAUCAGAUUCCUCUGUUCAAGAGGGAAAGGUCACACCCCAAGAAACCAAAGCUGAGCAACAAGAACCCUCUCCAUCCCCUGUUCUAUCCACUUCACUCAACACCAUGGACAAAACAGAGACUGCCGAAGUCGAAGUGACUGCAUCUGUUCCAGUCCAGAAAACACAGACUGUAGAGGUACCACCAGCUGUUGAGUCUACAACUUCCACAGAUGUGGAUUCAAAGUCCAGCCAGCCGGUCUUGGAACCGAGUGUGGCUAUAGAAGUGAACACAGAUUCCAUUUCUGAGACUCCCCAACUCCCUCAAGCAGAGACCCUCACUAUCAGCCCCGUGGACCUGGAAACUUCUCUCCCUGCUGCAUCCUCAUCUGUGGAUGAUAGUAGAACUGAACAGAAAAUGCACCUACCUGAAGUUAAUUUAGCCUCCAUCAGCACCAGUAAUUCAGUUCAGAUGGAGAGUUCUAUGGAAAAUACAGCACAGAAUGGACAGAUCAAUGAAGAGGAUGACGAACAGACAGUGGGCGGGGCCAGAGAUUCUCAGACAGCUCCAGAUGUAUCAGAUACACCCGAGACUCAGUCGGACACAAAGCCCGAGUCCAGUUUUGCCCUCUCAGAGGAGGAAAUUGAAUAUACUCCACAGAAAAACCUCAGACUAGCAAAAGUUCCCAUCAUGCCCCUUCAGAAGAGAGAAACUGCCAUUAUGAGACUGACCAACAGAAUUAAAGCUCUGGAAACCAAUGUCUCUCUAAGUAGCAGGUUCCUGGAUGAAAUGACACAAAAGUUUAAGAGACAGUCAGAAGAAAUGCAGAAGCUCCUAAGUGCUAAAUUUGAAAAUGUAACAAAAGACUUGAAGGAUGCAGAGCGCAGGGAUCAUCACCAACAGGAGCAGAUAAAUGUCUUGGAGCAUCGGCUAGACAAUCUGACCGACCUUGUGUACAAGCUCCAUGACGAGAUGUUUAACCUCAACAAACAGGUCAUUGACAGACAGCUUUAUUUCACGUCCGUCGAAGUUUUCGUCCUUGUCUGUGUACUUCUCCUUUGUCGUCGUAGAGGUAAAACUUCUGUGACCGACAUGCCCCCAGAAGUCCGACGUCUGAUAGAGAGAGUGCCGGUUGCCAUGGAUGUGUCCCACUCCCCUCGGAGAAAUUCCUACACAGAGGGGGCCAGCCGCAAACAGAACAAAAUGCUGACUGUGGGGACCAGUCUACAGAAGCACAGCAGUGAUACAUCAUUAGCUAACCCAGUUUCAGUUGCCAGUUCCACAAGUUCUAUAAGUCAGUCAUCUACAGAUCAACAAAGAGAUAUUCAAAGAAAAAAGAAGAAAAAAAGGAACAAAAUACAAUUUUCCAAAUCCACAGAAAUCCAAAAUUUGCCAAAAGGGUUGAGCUCUGUCAGCACAGAGAACCACAGUGAGGCAGGAUUGUUAUUUACCAGCAACAAGCCAAAAGAGCAGGCGUCCAACAAUUCAAAGCCCGAGAAAAAUGUUCGGGGACUGUUGUCAUACUUUUGGCGAGAUAAACAGUCUUCAAAUAGAGAGGUCCAAAAGAGGGCCAGUUGUCCUAUUGCCCUCCCCAGUUCUGACCAAGCUUUAAAGUCCAGCAAGACAUUGGCAUCCAGUUGUAAUGGUAAAUCAGUCAAAAAAUCGUCCUCGCUGGAGACUGCAACCUCCAACAAAGGGAGUCCAAAUGGACACUGUGUGUAUGUGUAUCCUGUUGUUGAGACCAUUCUCCCCGCAGUCUCUUGUCCCCGACCCCACGGUGUUCAGCACAGUGGGCGCCCUCCAGACAAAAGCAUUGCUGCACAGAGUGGACAUGCUAAAAGGAAAUCCCACAAACGAGCUUCAAGUGAGGAUUUUUCACCACGCAAGGGAGAUAAAUCUGCUUCUUUUUGGGUUAUGAGAACUGCUCUGUACAAGCAGAUUACUAGAUUUUGGAGACACCUCUCAUCAAUGGCUCCCCAACCGAUUGUGAUCAGUGGCCCCUCAGGAAGUGGCAAGAGCACCCUACUGACCAGGCUGUUCCAAGAGUUCCCCAACUGUUUUGCCUUCAGUGUCUCACAUACAACAAGAAAGCCCAGAGAAGGAGAACAAAAUGGAAAAGAUUACUUUUUUGUGUCAAUGGAAGAUUUUGAAAAAAUGAUCAAGGAUGGGUUGUUCUUAGAACAUGCACAGUUCUCCGGAAACAGAUAUGGAACAAGUAAGAUGGCUGUAGAACUGAUUCAAAAGUCUGGUAGACUUUGCGUGUUAGACGUAGAAAUUAAUGGAGUCAAAAACAUCAAGCAAACUGACCUGAAUGCUAAGUAUGUGUUUGUGAAGCCUCCUUCAUUAGAGGAUCUGAGAAAACGAUUGGAGGGUAGAGGUACAGAAACUAAAGAAUCUUUACAAAAACGUUUAGACACGGCACAAGAAGCACUGGAAUAUGCUGAGCAGCCAGGUUCCUAUGACCAUAUCAUUGUUAAUGAUGAUGUAGAUACGGCGUACUCUCAACUGAAAAGCAUAGUGAUUGAUGUGCGAAUUGGUUUCUCGCGAUGGCAAGUUGGUUCUCACUGAGAUAUGAAUGGCGCGCGUGCGGGACUGAGAAUCAGUUCGGAGCCCAAACCGAUAAAUAAUCUCAAAGCAAAACAAGCAAGCAAGCCCUUUGGCGACAGAAAGGUAUCGUCAUCCUCAUUUUCUGCUUCGCCACCAAUACGUCCGCCGUCCCAGAGUUCCAUGUCACCGCCAAUACGGUCUCCAAAAGGAAGACCCGAGAGACCCCUUAGUGAGAGAUCACCCUAUCCCAGAAGUUUGUCUUACGAAAGGCCCCCUACAGGUAACUCUGGAUUUGUCCGAAGGAUAAGCGAGGAUAACAUCCGGGGCUCUCCGGUUUCGUUCUCGUUUCCGUAUGGUAGGGACAGGUUUGGUAGUUUUUGUUCCUCUCGCUCAAGGAGCAACAGUGAUGCUGCUAUUCCAGAAGAAAAUUUAUUGUUCGAACUGACUGAAAUAAAGAAACUGAAAUCGGACGAGCGCGAUUUUAACAAGAAAGGCGUGGUUUGGACCAGUGAUGGUCGUCUGGUGAUUAUAAACUUUGGAAACGAUCAGCUGAAAGUGUUCAAUGAAAAUUUCCAAGAAACGAUAUCCAAAAAAAUUCCCGAGGGAUGUCGUAGUAUUUCUGUUGGUGCUGGAUUUAAUGACAUUGCAAUCACGUGUCAGAGGCGAGUUUAUAAUUACAAGGUGAAUGAAAAGACAAUUAACGAAAGCAAAUGUUUUGUAUUGAAUGGGAACGGAUAUGGCAUUUCCUUCGCCAAAGAACAUUAUGGAGUUACAGUUAAUAUUGGUGGAGAUGGCAAAAGUGUUGCGUUACUAAACGAGGACGGCAGGGUUGUUCAAGUGGUGGAAAAGAUUCAAAGGCCGAACGAGACCCAUUUCAAAGCAUUUCACUUGUACCUGUCGCUGGACCCUAACAGAAAUGUCAUCUAUCUGUCUGACGUACAUAGAGAUAUGCUGCUGUGUGUGUCGUUCACGGAAAAACUCUAUUGGGAGAGUAAACUUCCCGGCAAGCCGCGGGGGACCUGUGUGGUCGGGAACAACAUCAUUGUGGCCACCACCGACGGAAAGCUGUGUGUUCUGUCCAAGGACGGGACCAUCGUGAAAACUAUGCCAAGUUUAGGCUAUGACCCCGAAAGCUUGGCCUUUGAUGACGUCACUCAACGCCUAGCCGUCUCUCAAUAUUACAAGGGUUGGGUUCAUGUGUAUCAGCUUACGUAAAUUAGGUGAAAAUGACGCCCGCAUUUACGUCUAUAUAUACGACUAUAUAUAAUUGAUGAUCUGAAAUGUUUCAGAUUGGAAGUUACAGUGUCAACAAAUGAAUUUAUGUUAUGAAAUUGUCUGAUGAUGACAUUAAAAAAUUCAGAAAUGUCGAUGUGAAAUUUGGUGCCGUAUCCAGAAUUUUUGGAAUUUAUCUUAUAUUUAUUUUUUAUUCUCCUGUUUUUUGAUCUAGAAGAAUUUAGGAGAGCGUCGAUAUUUUAUUACUUAUUAUUUAGUUCUAGUUUUUAAAUAGUUCAACGAUAAAUACUCAAUAUAUUUGUACACGUGUCACAUGUCUGUAUAGUUGUACUCGUUUAAUAUGUGUAUGUAAAAUACACCCUAAUAAAAUUGUUAUUCCUGUUGGUUAUUGGUACAUGUAUUUUAUAAAAGUCUAUAAAAUUAUU